UCUGCAGGAGAUCAGUGUGACUUCUGAGUGACUGUGUGUGGGAAUGUCGUGGCCCGGACUGUGUGUCUGUCAAUGAACGGAGCUGUGAGUCCAUCCACACUGUCACGAUGUGGAGACCCACGCUCACGCUGGCCCCAGCGGCGGGACUCGGACCCCGCGCUGCUGCUGCUGCCGCCGUCACCUGCCUGCUCGUGACCGGGAUGCUCUUCUUUACUGUGGGUCACCCGAGCAGCGGAGAGCCGGGGGAGCGUCCAGCUGAGGACGGGAGCGGGAAAGCUUUCUCCGCGUAUUUCAGGAAACUGACCAGGGAGAGGAGAGCAAUGAGCGGCCCCCCGCGGAGCAGUGCUCCCCCCGGGCCCGUGGAGCGUCUGACCCCCGCUGACCUGUUCAUCGGAGUAAAAACAACCGGCAGGUAUCACCGGCAGAGACUGGAGCUGCUGCUGGACACCUGGAUCUCCAGAAACACGCACCAGACGUAUGUGUUCACUGAUGGAGAGGACAAAGACCUGAGGAAAAGGAUGGGAGAUCACCUGAUCAAUACUAACUGUUCAGCGGCACACAAUCGUCAGGCCCUGUCCUGUAAAAUGGCUCUGGAGUACGACACAUUUAUCGCCUCUGGAAAGAAGUGGUUCUGUCACGUGGACGAUGAUAACUACGUGAACGUGGUGUCCCUCCUGAAGCUCUUGUCUCAGUACAGUCACACAGAGGACGUUUACAUCGGCCGGCCGAGCCUCGAACGCCCGAUAGAGGCCACGGAGAAGCUCGGCACCGCUGAGAUGAGGCAGGUGCGUUUCUGGUUCGCCACAGGCGGAGCAGGGUUCUGUCUGAGCCGUGGCCUCGCUCUCAAGAUGAAACCCUGGGCGAGUGACGGCACUUUCAUGACAACAGCUGAGCUCAUUCGCCUCCCCGACGACUGCACUGUGGGCUACAUCGUGGAGGCGCUGCUCGGUGUCAGCCUCAUCCGGUCAGCUCUGUUCCACUCUCACCUGGAGAACCUGGGACUGGUGUCAGACAUACACAGCCAGGUUACCCUCAGCUACGGCACUGUGGAAAACAACAGAAACACUGUCAAUGUGAAAGGCCCGUUGUCCCUUAAUGAAGACCCUACGAGGUUCAGGUCUGUCCAUUGUCUGUUGUACCCAGACACUCCUUGGUGUCCCAGCCCCUGGCGACAUUAACAGCCAUCCAGAGACAGAGUCAGCGUUUGAAAGGAAGGAUAAAGAGAUGAAGUCCCACUGCUGCCCUUCGCUGACUCUUCAAGUACUGUUGCAUUACUUUGACCCUGAACUCCUGGGUUGACCUUGUGGUGAAUUGUUCCUUCGUGUGACUUAAAGCUGAGGCUGUCACAGCUGCCUAAUCUCAUUGUUCAGCUUCAGUUGUCCUUGUCCCGUCAGCUUCGACUGCGUUCUGUGUUUUAUUUUUGCCCAUCGUUUUAUCAGGUAUAAUAACUUCUCUGCUGAGAGGCGGGAACACGGCACCUAAACAUGUGACUGGGCAAUCGGCAUGAUCGCAACGACUAAGAUCUACCGUGUUGAUCCAUUUCAAAUGUGCAGGCAGAGGAUUUUUUAAAAUGAGAUAAUAUAAGCUGUUUGAUUUAUUAUUACGAUAAGAACUAAAACGUGCUCUGAGAGCACAUACAUACAAGAACACUUAAACGCUAAUAUUAAUGAGAGUUUGAGGGGAAAACAAUCCUGUAUCCACCUUCUCAAUUUAAUCUGCUCCAUCAUUUGAUAGGUUUGAUUUUGGGUCAAGGGUGUAGUGGUUAGUCCCUGUGAUGGAGUGGCAACCUGUCCAGGGUGUGCCCCGCCUUUUGCCCUUUGUCAGCUGGGAUUGGCACCAGCAACCCUCAUGUGGAGGAUAAAGCAGUAGAAGAUGAUUGAGUGAUGCCUCACCCCUCUACAAAAUGUCAGGGAAAUCAGAUUUGAGGAUUUCAAACGAGGAAGACAAAUGGCACCAAACACAAAAAAAACUCGUUGGUGGAGUUGAAACUAAUACAAUGAGACAAAGGUUGUAAUGAACAGGGAUUAUUCAAGUUGAAGUAAAUGGACUUUAAGUCCAGCAUUAAGUCAGAAACAAAAUGAAAGGAGAUAGAUUUAAGUUAAUCUCUCUUGUCUUGGCACCUGUUCCCCCCCCACACACACACACACACAUGUUUUUUUCACAUGUUCAUUGUUCCCCUCUCUUGUUCCUCAGCUGAAUGUCAGUGAAUAUUGUUCUGCUUUUUCACCUCCUCACGCUCCGGUGUUGACAGCAGUUGAGUCGGUGCAUGUGGCUGCAGCUGUGACGCAAACACAGAAGCACGGAUGUAUCUGAAGUUUUUAUCUCAUCAGUGUUCAGUAUUAUCCUCCCUCUGAAGUAUGAUAUCGUAACUCUAUGACUGAGCACUUUCAUUUCUGCUGAUUGCAGACCAUGUUUUGAUAAAAGAACACACAGGUCGACAAAGGAAAUGUGCUUAUUUUGCUUCUUGUUUUUUGUUUUUUUUACAGAGAGCUAGUUAAAAUAUAAACACCGCUCACGUCUGAGUGCUGCCCCCUCUGGUCAAAAUAACUCACAUUUACACAUAUAAAAGUGGGUGUCUAAAUGAAUGCUACCCACUGAAGUCCGCCCCCAGUGGUAGCUGCAACAACUGCAAGUGGAUAUCCCCCCCCCUGAAAAACCCUCUCUCUCACUCUGAAAUCUCAUGAGAUUUGAGAACGGGACUUGUUGAGCGAAACAUGUGUAAUGUUGCCAAAAAAUACUGUCACAGUUUGGUAAAAAAUUCAGACUUACCAUAGUCACCUUAAAAUAAAUGUUCAUUAAUCAGAUUUGGAGGCACAGUAUUCAUGCUAGAUUAAGCUUAUAAGCACAUUUCCUAAAACUUCCUUUAAAUGCUCUGUGUGGACCAUGGAUAUCACCUGUAUUUAUCCAUUUACAGUUAGAUGACUGAUGUUUUUUGAAGGUUACAGUCGUGUAAAAAGGACAUUUGCCCCCUUUUAUUGAGAACUGACUCAUGUUGAGUCGUCUUCUGUAUUUUCUGUGCAUUGGAAGCAGCUGAUGUUGUAACUGAAUGAAGGUUAUUGAGUUAAAUAUUCAGUCCCAUGUUAAAUGAAUGUAUAUGAUGAUUUAUGUGCUCUCUCCAGUAUCUGGACCGUCUGAAGACGUUAUGGCUGAAGUCAAUAAAGUUUUUGGUCAAAUA